UUUCACCUGCCUUCGCAACAUUUUCUUCCUAAUGUUCUCACCAUCAAUGUUUUGGCCACCAAAAUUCACCAUGUUUAUGAAAAACUUUAGUAUCACUAACACUAAAUCACGUAUGCGAGUAGACAACGGCACCGCGCGAAAAAGUUGUACAGGACUGCUCUCUAAGACGCGUUAGCGUCGACUAACAGGAGGCAGAACGGCUGAAGCGACCGGCCUACGCGCAAUUUUGUGCUAAUAAUUUAUAAAUAUAUUUUUUUAAAAUUACUGAUGUAUUAAAUGUAAAAUCUAAUCCCGCACGUCUCUCAAGAAUUGAAUGGAAGUGGAUGUGGAUAAAGUUUCAUUGAUAUUACUUUACUAUUGUCCAAAUGAAAUUGAUUGACCGUUUAAUUUUUAGGAAACUUCACAACGUUUUUCUAUCGAGGCAAAUUCUUUCAAUCGUGUUUCGGUUCCCGCACGUCACUAGACAAACUCUUUAAUUAAAUAAAUCCAUAAAUAAAAAAAAUCAAAUUGGUAGUUUUGGAAGAAAAAAAUUAAUUCUCCGUGAGCUCGAAACGUCUGUUUUGGGUCUCAUUUCACCUUAAACAACACGUUAGGAGUUGCGUUAAGUGUAUUCGAUUAAGAGCUAGCACUCAGUCUCCAUUAAUGGGUUCACUUCCAACAGUUCGUUGUACACCAGCUAGACCAUUUUUGCAUAGCGGUGUGGAUUAUGCUGGUCCGAUAAACAUAAGGACAACCAAAGGCCGAGGACACCACUCAUACAAGGGCUACAUAUGUUUAUUCGUGUGUAUGGCAACUCGUGCCAUUCACUUAGAGGUCGUAAGUGACAUGAGCACACCAGCAUUUCUGGCUGCUUUUCGACGUUUCGUUUCCAGACGAGGUCACUGUGCCAAGCUUUGGAGCGACAACGGGACUACCUUUGUAGGAGCAUCCCGUGAGCUCCAGUCAGCUCUUUCAUCGGUGGGUGAACAGUUGGAAGCGAAUGGUACUGAGUGGCAUUUCAUUCCUCCGCACAGCCCUAACUUCGGCGGACUUUGGGAAGCGGGAGUGAAAUCCACGAAGUUUCACCUCAAGCGAGUGAUAGGAGAAACCACUCUCACUUACGAAGAGAUGAGUACUCUUCUUGCUCAGGUAGAAGCUUGCUUAAAUUCUAGGCCAAUCACAGUCGAUACAUCAGACCCUAAUGAGCCUGCACCUCUAACGCCGGGUCAUUUUUUAAUCGGUGGUCCUUUGUUAGGUAUACCCGAUGUAUAUAAUUACUUAGAUUCUAACGUGAGUUCAUUGAGUAGAUGGCAACUUAUUCAAAGAAUGUUUCAGUCAUUUUGGGAUCGCUGGUCAAAGGAAUAUCUGUCGAAUGUAAUGAUAAGGUAUAAAUGGAAGUCCAAAACCAGCGAGCCUAAUAUAGGAGAUAUUGUCCUCAUAAAGGAAGAUGAUCUUCCGCCGAUGCGGUGGAUCAUGGGAAAGGUCAUAGAUAAACAUCCAGGUCACGACAAAGUUACUAGAGUUGUCAGUAUCUUAGUUAAAAAAAGUAUUAUUAAAAGACCUGUCAACAAAUUGUGUAUUUUAUUAAGGAAGGAAUAAUUAAUUGUUAUAUUGUAUUUUUGAAGAUGUUUAAGCUGUAUUUGUAUAAGUCAAGUUAUGUUAUAGAAAGUUGUUGUUACUUAGCUAAAAUGUUUGCGAGUAAAAUGUAAGAAGAUUAAUUUAAGUUCAUAUACAGUUAGUUUCAGUUUCUAUAAUUAUAUUUUAAGAUGUCCCCUCAAGGUGGGCGGAUUUUGUUUGUAAGGACAUUUCCUUAAUAAAUGUCCUUGGUGGGCGGUAUGUUCAUGACAGAUCAUAGAUUGUAAAUUGUAUAAAGUUAAAUUAGUUCGUUACGUUGAUCAAUAGGUGGCGGUAAUUAGUUUUAAGCGUUCUUAAAUCUCGCUAUCGUUGUUUUUUUGUGAGACCAUAUAUAAUUUUGUUCAACAUUGUUUUAGCAGUGGUAAUAAAGAUCAAUCAGAGUACAAGGCUGGUUUCAUUUAGACGAACCCCUACAGUACCAUUUUAAUACCGCGAAUCGGGAGUGCAGUGAAGGUGUCCCACAGGGGUGCCUUC